CACACACCCUCUCACUGGGGAAGUGUCACUCCGCACCCCCCAUCCACCUCCUCAUUCCUGCUGACUCCCUGCUCACCCUGUCCUCUCUCGCCUCACAGCCUCACCCCUCUCUGGAUGCCAGUAGAUUCCAGUAAUGGAGCAGAUGACAGUCACACAACAACCAAGCCUAUCAGUCGCCGAAAGCUCAGCAUCAGCGUUUCAAGAGGAGGAAGUUGUUGGCUUCAUCAUCGCAGGAAGUGAAGAUAUCUCGACGUCAAACAAUGUCCCUGCAGUGACCGACCCAGUUCUCACGCAGCCCGGCCUCGGCAUCACCACGACAACCAUCACCACCAUCACACAGACGGGAGGAGACUGGACCACUGGCCUGUUUGACGUCUGCGCAGACAAGACCACAUGUGUUCUCGGGGCUCUGAUGCCGUGCUGCUUAGACCUGAGUUUAGCUCACCAGUACGGCGAGUGUAUAUGCAUUACUCUGCUACCGGGAUCCACUUUUGCCAUGCGUGUUGGGAUCAGGGAGCGGUACAAGAUACUGGGGAGUGUGUGUGAGGACUGGACCACAGUGUGCUGCUGUUACCCUCUGGCUGUGUGUCAGAUGAUAAGAGAGAUGAAGCGGAGGAUGACGACACAGACCUAUCAUGUGUCCACUGCCCACGACUGCUAGUGAAGAAACACUAACCAGUAAAUGAGGCCGUACCUUAUCAAGCCAAUCCUACAAUAAACAGCAAACAGAAUCAGAGCUGUAAAGUCUGAAUCAGUGUGUAGGGCCUGUAACUGAAACCUACCUUUACACUGCUGUUGGGCCUCUUUUUAGAGAGGAUAUUAUAAAUAAACUUGGUUACAAUAGUCUCCUUUUUUUGCCGAGGCAGGAACUCAUCAACUACAUUCUGAGUUGGGUAAAAAGCAGGUGGUAAGACGCACACUUCUUUGGGUUUCAGUAGCUGUCUGGUACAACUCUCAGUCAGACAACAGAGAGACUUUCAAAAACUGACCAACUGUGUUUAAUUCUAAAUCCAUGCAAAUAAUUCUGUCUCAAUUAAAAAAAAAAUGCAGUAUUUCAACUAAGCUCAUUGCCAACAGUUCACAGCGACAAUUUCUUUAAUAGAAAGUGGUACAAAUGGAGUGAGAAAAGCAAUGGGAGGGUGAUUUAGGUGAGCCUCGCAUUCCAAAGGUCACCAGAGAUCGUGUUCAGUCUCUCUCAGACAUGAGGGGGAGAUGAAGUGAGGAAACAUAAAACUUUCUGGACCUUGAAGGACAAAUUGUGAACUGGGGACAUAACUCAACAUGAGGGACACUAUUUACAAAUCAGACUACUUAAUCAAAAUUUCAGCAUCACAUUUAGAAACUAAAUCCAAGUAAAGCAGGAGAACCACAGUAAAGCCUAGUGUGCUCAGAUAUUUGGUUUCCUAUGGACACGUCAUUGAUUUUGAGAGUUGUUUUGUUAAUUUCAGAGUGUGGAGUAUGAAAACAACUGUGCCUAAUCAGUGUGUGAUUACCCAGCAUACAGGCCGCAACAUCGCUCCGAGUACAGUCAACAGUUCGAGUACAGUUUAAGGAUAAUAAGUCGAUUUUCAUAUUUCUGAUAUUCUUUUAUCCCUCUGGUCCUUACUUCACCUCAGGCAUUCAAUCAUAUUAUCAAUCCAGUGCUGAUAGCUGUGGUUCCCUGAACCUCGAAAUGCCAACCAGCGAGAACGAGUGUGGAAAAUGUUAUUUCUAGACAAAGCAGAUGGGUCCUCAAAGGGCAAAUAUGUAAUAUGUUAACUCUUACGGAUGUGGUCCUCUACCUGGCCGCUGCUUCAAAUGAAAUGGGGAGAAAGAGAGAAAAUGGAUUUGCUCUCAAAAAAAGAGAGAGAUGUGAAUAAUAAAAUCUAAUCAAAUUUUACUUACUGUACAGUUAAUCUACUGCAUGAAAAUAAAUAUUUUUGAAAUCAUUGCAAUUCUUAACAA